ACAUCGGUCCCGCGGCCGCUCCCGGCGGUGCACCUCCGGCGUCCGAUGGUCUCACCUUCCUCGCCUAGCACCUACCUCUGCGGAAGUGUGUCAGUGUGUCGCUCUUGUGUUGGAUCUCCAGCCGGCAGCAUCUUCUUCUGUCGGCUUAUUCAUGUCUUUGCUGCCGCGAGAUGCGGGACUCCGGCGACCGUAUACGCAGGGAGCGCACCUCCCCCACGAGUCCGCGGAUGGUCCUGCGGCGAGUGCUGGUGCUAUCCGAGGGGCGGCAGUUCCGGGAGGCGGCGGCCGUGCUCCAGAAGCUCAACUGCAACAGCGUCGCGGCGGUGGCGGCGGACCUGCCCCUGGAUUUUCUGGCUGAGGGGCUGCCGCAUUCGGCGCAGCUGCUGGAGACGCUCUUCAAUAAGUUAAUAACAUCAGGUCAAAGGCCAAAUAUGAACGCAGAACAGGUGGUCUGGCAGUUGGUGAAGCUUUUCGCUUCACACGAAGACCCCACACUCAAAACUAAGGUGGCAAGACUGACUAGGAUUUUGGUGGAUUACCAGCCGGAUUUUCACAGGAUGUUGUCGACGAGGAAGAAGGCCCUCGAACAUGCCAUACAGGGUCUGGGAUGCCACGGCUUGACUCCCGACGCUAGUGGCCUAACCCAUCUCCACGUGGCCAUAAAGGCCGAGCUCCACCGCCACAUCGACGCCUACAAGAACGCCCUCCACCGCCUAGACGAACUCGGUCUAGCCGCGGCCAGCUCGAAAAAACCCGUAGAUGCCUCACACCAAAGACUUCUUUCUCUGCAUCAUUCCGAUGUCCAGCAGAGACUUAUCGAUAACAAGACUCUUCUCACCAUCCUCGACAAACCCGACUUGAAGCAGUUGAGACCUUUGCUGGACACCUUAUCCACUCGCGUCCAAAACGACAAAGAAGCCUUGUUUUGCGUAUCGCAACUAAAGAGGCUGCAGCCCACAUGCGAGGAGAAACCUGUAGCUGCCCUCCUCAUGUCGUUCGCCCGAGGUUGUGGCGCCCUCUUGGAGCUGAUGCAAGCUUCCGAGAGUCCUUGCAGCAGCGACGGAUACCACUCGGAGCCCGAGCAGGAUAAUGAUCGAGGGAAGGACCUCGUAGGUCGAUACGCAUCCCUCUAUUACCAGAACCGCCCCCGGGCCCUCGAAGCCCUCGAUUCCCUCCCGGAAUUGGCCCACGCCACUCAACUCAAAUCGAAAAUCCUGUUUUCCGUCGUCGUCCUCGCUUUCAGGACCUGCAGGAAUCUACGGGACGCCAAGUUGAAAGAGACGUUCCGAAAUUUGCAUCUCGACGGAAGGACGACGGUCGGUCAGACCUUGAGGGAUGACGUGAUUAGGUGCUUGGCGGCGGCGGCGGACACCUACCCGCUCGGGGAGGCGGAACACCAGGUCAAGGCGUUAGUGUGCGACACGCUGAAGGAGUACAAGUGCUUGGAGGGCUGUGCGACUCUGCGCAGGUACAUAGGAGACGUCACCAGGGUGGCGUGGCUCCUAGUCAAUCAACUCCCAGCGUACGAGCUCGACACAGAUUUCCAGACUCCGAUUAGAUUAAAACCAGAGAAACAUCAAAGGCAUCACUCCGCUGACCGUACCAGCGACAUGGUGAAAUCCUAUCUGUGGCCAGCUUUGGUGCUUCAGAAUGUUUGCGUGUAUAAAGCGGUUGUUGUAACAGGGGGGACUUGAUUAGUUAAAGCUAAAGUAAUCAUAUAUUUGUUUUGUGCUUUGUAAAUAGGAUAACUUUUAUCAAUAAAUACACAAGUUUA